GUCUUGCAUCGUCCGCCGCGGCAGCAUGUUGUGCGUUGCGUUACUCCUCGCGUGUUUAGCAACCGCUAAAGGCUAUGUCACGGAACAAUCCUUCGCGGAACGUUUGGAUAAACUGUAUGAAAAGUUGGAAAAAUUCAAUGUUACACCCGAGUCAAAGUUGUACGCGAAGUUGGAUAGAUUGAAUUCCUUAACCCCGGACCGGCAACUGACCGAUGAGGAGGAACUCGUGUCUGCUCUGCAGUUGUGGGGGACGAUGAGUGAGGACCAGCUCCGGGGGGUGAUGCAAGAGCUGCAGCAGCUGAAGGAGGAACGAAGUGAGAAGCUGAUAGACGACUAUGCGGAUAGUGAUUGGAAUGAUGAUGAUGAUCCAGAGCUCAGCGAUGGUGAUUACGCGAACGACGUUGGUGAAGAAUGGGAUCCAAUAGAGGACGACAUCAGUUCCACAGCCAAACCCAUGCUUGGUGUAACACCGUCAGCGUUCACGAGACUGGAUGGGUAUAGACAUACUAUAGUAUCUGCUGUAGACCCUAUCGCUGCGACCAAUGAGAGGCCGAGGAUUUUGGAUGACUCCCAGGCAACUGCAGAAGAAAGGGUAGCUAUCCGUAAAGGGGUGCUAACAAACAUGGCUUCCGUGGUUCGAGCUUACAAAUGUCUGACGCCGCAGCCGCGCUGGCUCACUGUGAGGAAACUAGCGCCAGCUGCUGAUACUGUAUACACGCCCCCAUGUGUACAACUCCACCGCUGUGCACCAGACUCCGGCUGCUGUUACAACGAGGCAGAGGUUUGUGCGCCCGUUGAUGGAAAAUACGUCGCUAUACCUUUCUUUCUAAACAAAGCAGACGGUAACCUGACAGCGGCUCGAAUGCUCUUCUUCAACCACACAAGAUGCGCCUGUGUAUCCAAAGACACGUUACAAAGCACAGCUAGAACACGACUUGAUCGGAUCGAUCGGAUAGAUAGAAUCGAUCGGACGGAUCGGACAGAUCGGAUUGAUAGGACGGAACGGACACGUGACUUCAGGGAACGGCAGAACGACUGGCGAGCGCCCACUGAUGAACCGUCUGUGCGAGAUGAAGAUCAAACUUCUCCACCUUUGUUAAAGAGAUGCACAUGCCCCGGCUUCUUCCGGAGCCGUAUAACCAACGGCAUCUGCACUUGCGUGUGCGACUGGAGCGACGCGACCAAACGCCGCGACUGUCUCUCUCUAUCACGCGGGCGAGAGCACUUCGGGUUACGGGAACGCGUGUGUAUCGCGCGUGGGGAGUGUACAGCGCCUGCUUGUGAGCACGGCCCGUACGAGCGGCACGCCGGCCGCUGUCCGCUGCGGCGGUACAGACGCCGGUACAGAGCGCACCGCGCGUGACCAGGUACAGAUGGUGAUGGUCAUUCAUCCGGACGUUUGGACAACGAGCGAGUCAAGAGCUAUUCACUUGUAA